UGCUCUGUUAUGUAGCGCGUGCUUGCUCCCGCUUCUCAAAGAAGAAACUGUGGACGAGAGUUAUGGACAGAAAAUGAUGUAUAUUUGGUCCAUUUAGUGAUGUCCUGUACGUCUUGUAAAGUGCAUUUGUAUGGGAAGAGAAUUUUAAUGGGACCCAAGCCAUUAUCUGGACGACCCUGUGAGAUGCUUUGUUGUUUUUGAUCGUUAAGUUUGAUAACCAUUUUCACAAAACAAACCCAUCAUUUCGAAGUGUGAACUGGUGACCUAGAGAGUGAAGAAACAAGACAUUUUUCUCCGCUGGAAAUUAAUCUGUCAAGCACCAUGUUUAUCGAAACACUUGAAUUCACAAUUCCUAUGGACUUGUAUGAUGUGUUUUCCACCUUGAAAGACGGACCGAAGGAAAACCUUGAAUUUCCAGCUUCCGUGAAUUCAUACGGCACGACGCAAGAUGCCAAUAUUCAAGUGACUCUACGGUCUAACAAAUUGACUUUCGUUGUGGAUGGUGUGUCAUCAAACGCAAGUAUGAUUUCUAAAAGUGAGUGCAAAACACUUAAACUUGCAGUAUUCGAUGUGGAUCGGACAUUAAUAGCACAAGAAAACGCAGUGACAAUGACGCAGACAGCAUUACCAACAAUUCCAUAUCGGACCAAAAGGUCUCACGAAUUUUCAGUUUCGGAUCAUUCUAAUGUAAAAUUUAGUCGGACAUCCUUUUCAGAGAGAACACCACCACGAACUCAACAUCGUACCAUUCCACAUGCUCAAACCACACCAACUCCGUCCAACGCUUCUUUAUCAAAAUCAAGAAUUGACCCGCCAGUGAACAUGGUGAAUGUGAAACAAGAACCAGAAGAUCCAGAUUUAAUAGAAAUAGAACCAGACCCUGAACCUGAUGACAUUGUGCCAAAGAAAGAGACUCCAUACAUGCAAAUAGAUUAUUCAUCCGAUGUACCUCAUACGCAAACGUCCCAAGCAGCUCUAGAUCGACUCUCUCAUCCACAAUCAUCACAUUCUCAAUCACCCGGUUCUUCAUCAUCGUCCUUCCAUCAAAACGUUCCACAUGUGCCAGAUUACGCCAACCCCGGUACCAGUCAAGUUCAUCAUGGUGACCAAAGUGCAGAUGACUAUUUAGUGUUUCAAGACGACAAUGACUACGGCGACGAUAACGAAGCAGAUUACAGCAAUGACGACAAGGACCACACCAGCAGCAACAGAAUGAAGCCUUUGUCAGAAUAUAUGUGGAAAACGACUCCUGACAUGUCCUUUGUCCUUUUUCCAGCAUCGUCGACUGAGACGUCUGAGUCAUUGAUGAGAGUGCAGCAGUGUUCCGCCAAUCGGUUAUAUCAGUGUGAAGAAUGUGGAAAGACCUUCACUCAACCCUGGACCAAGAAGAAUCAUGUAGACUCUGUUCAUCGGAACAUGACCUUCGUGUGUGUUUGUGGGAAGGUCUAUAGGUAUCGCAGGGCCCUGAAGAGGCACAUGAAAUCAGGAGGAUAUACCAUUGGUUCACUCGAUGAUGAGAAACUGUUCACAGGACUUCAUUUCACAUCCAGUGAGGAGAUAUCUAAUAGACACACACGAAAUCCUGGAAGAGAGCGUGGACGUAUUUCGCAGUUUCACACAGACUACAACCAGUUCAACCUGAUGCAGGUGACAAGUCCACAUCCACUCAACUAUGGCUCGCUCCACUGUCGCAGGCCUAAACCGACGUCAGUGAGCUGCCCCAACUGCGACAAGACGUUCACCACCAGACGAGCCAUGAUGGUGCACAAGGCCGCUGUACACGACAGGGAAUCCUAUGUGUGUGUCUGUGGGAAGGGCUAUAAGUACAAGCCGGGCCUUCUCUACCACAAACAGCAUUGUCCCAUAGUCCACAUUCAAAACCUCAGUGCCAGCGAAUGAUGAAUUUUGAUUGUUUGCCGAAACCAUUCGUAACUACUCGUCCCUUCCCGUGACCUACAAGAAGACCCUCCGGUCACACGGAAUGACACGAGUAGCUACGAAUAUACCGAAACAUGUAUCACGAGACGUCUUGGAAGCAGUUGUUUGGAAAACAGUUGUUGUUUAGUGAUUGACUUUGGAGCAUUAUUAUAUUUGUGUCAGCGAAUGAUGAACUUCUGUUGUUUGCCGAAACCAUUCGUAACUACUCGAUCGUCUCUUUCCGUGACCUACAAGAAGACCCUC